AUUCCCAAACGACGACGCAUUAAAGCCACAUCCAAACCCAAAGCCACACACUUUCUCUCAUUCUCUUGUAUUCUAUUUUCUAUGGCUGUGUCUGAUGCUGUGAUGAGUAACCUAACGGUGCUCUAUGUGGCGGUGAUCGCGUGUAUUAAGGCCUACGGCUUCCUGUGUGGACGCAGCUUCAGCGGCUGGUUUGUGCUCGUUGUGUCCACCGCCGCGGUGGCGCUGAUUCUCGUUGCCACGCUCACGUGGGACGUGUCUCGCAAGGCCACGUAUGCAUUCGCCACCGAUCAGCCUCCUCCGCCGCCGCACCACACCCACGAAGCGUGUAAAGGAGGCAUCUGCUGGCACGGCGUGGCGGUGCGAUCGCCGGCGUCGCAGGUUCGCUUCAGACUCCCCCAGAAUCUUCCUUACACAACUUUGUAAUUAACAACUACCAUCAUCAGCAGCACAAUAUGCGACACACAGAAACGAGGGGGGUGGGGUUAGUAACAGUUUCUUAAUUUCUUUUUUCUUUUUUUUUUCUUUUGGGUUGUCGGUUUCAGUUUUUUUUUUUUUUUUUAAAUAUACGAUUAGGUUCAUAUUUCAUAUAUACAUAUAUGAUGGAUUAACCUUUAGUAACUUUUUGAGAAGGGGACAAGAAUUGAGAGUGGUGGUAUAUGCAGUUUUUUUUUUUUUUUUUCGGAUAGUUUUGUUAAAAAUAUUAGUUGAAGGGAUUGAAUAACACAAUUUCUUCCUCCUUCCUUCAAGUUUCUUUUAUGACUGAAUUAACUUUAUAUCUUUCGGACGGUAUUGUAAUUAUUAGUUAUGUGUGUA